AUGGCCACGCUGGGACCGGAGUGUGCUGGUUCCACCCGGGCCUCCCCGCUCCUCCCUGCUGCGCUACAGAGCCACAUUGCGGGCGUGAAUCUGCCCCACAGCCGAGGCUUGGAGCGCGCCCUGGAGGAGGCAUCUGCCAGCGGGGUGCUCAGCCUCAGCGCCCGCAAGAUGAAGGAGUUUCCCCGGACUGCGAACAACCAUGAUCUGUCCGACACGGUGGAAGCAGACUUAUCCAAAAACAGACUGGCUGACGUGCCUUCAGAGGUCUGCCAGCUGGUGGCGCUGGAGAGUCUGAGUCUGUACCACAAUUGCAUCCGGACGGUUCCAGACUCGAUGAUCACCCUGCAGUCCUUGACAAACCUCAACCUCAGUCGUAACCAGCUCAGUUCCCUGCCGGCCUGCCUGUGCUGUCUCCCCCUCAGAGUCCUCAACGCCAGUAACAACAAACUGGUGAACCUGCCAGAGGCCAUCGGACAACUGCACAAACUCAUGGAGCUGGACGUGAGUUGUAACGAGAUUACUGCUCUGCCUCGUCACAUCAGUCGCCUGAGGUCUCUGAGGGAACUGAACGUGAGGAGGAACCUGCUGUGUGUGCUGCCGGACGACAUGUGUGAGCUGCCGUUGGUGAAGUUAGAUUUCUCGUGUAACAAAGUGUCGACAAUCCCGGUGUCGUAUAGAAAGAUGAGACAUUUACAGAGUCUGAACCUGGAGAACAACCCACUGCAGAGUCCUCCUGCACAGAUCUGCCUCAAAGGGAAAGUGCACAUAUUCAAGUACCUGACGCUGGAGGCCUGUCACAGUGACAAGAUGACCGACUCUCUGUUUCUGCCCAGUGUGGAGCGGAUGGGCCUGACCCGACCCAUCACUGGCAGUGUGGAGGACAUGGAGCAGCACCGGAAGCUGGACUCGGACUCUGGAGUGGGCAGCGACAACGGAGACAAGAGGCUUUCGGCCACAGAGCCGUCGGACGAGGAGAGUGUGAGUCUGAAUGUUCCCAUGAGUCACAUCCGAGAAGAAGGCUUCAGUAAAGAAGGCCUCAGCAAAGACGACUCCAGCGACCAGCUCAGCUCCAUCACAGACCCAAACUCCGACUCGGUCCGUCUGAUCGAAGAGAGUCCUACGGAAGCCCUGAGCGACCACUUCUACAGAGACGCCAGUCUGAGCUCCAGAUUUGUCAGCUACAUUAAGGGCCGAACGGCAGCAGACUUCGAUGAACCGCUGAGGAUAGAAGAGGACGCUCUCUGGACGCCACAGACGUCCAAAGUCCCCGGCAGCACAAAGCUCCACAUCGAUAUCAUUCAUCAGCUGAAAGAAGCAGUGGAGCUGCUGCAGGAUCCAAUCAGAGCAAGCACAGAGCUUUCUGGUGUGCAGCUUUAUCCCAUGGACAUGGUCACAACAGACGAGGCUCGGAACGGACAGAGGGACAAUACCCCAAAGAGAUAUGACCGCAAUCCUCUGAGUGGUUCCAUGACAUUCUCCAAUGCACCUUUUGGCCUCAAGCCGCGCUCAGCCCCGCCUUCCAUGCCUUGCUCCCCGCCCCCUCGCUGUGCUGACUCCGCCCACCUCCCGCAGGACACGCCCCCUUACAGAGGCCGCGGCGACGAGGACUUUCACAGUGUGUUUGUGCGCAGUCACCGGAGCCUGGAGUCGGUGGAUCCACAGUUUACCAUGAGGAGGAGGAUGGAACAGCUGAGGGAAGAGCUGGAACUCAUGGAACAGCUGCGAGAUAGCAUCGAGUCUCGCCUGAAGGUGGUCCUGCCUGAAGACCUGGGCUCCUCUCUCAUGGACGGAGUGGUUUUGUGCCAUUUGGCCAAUCACAUCCGGCCCAGAUCUGUGGCCAGCAUCCACGUCCCCUCCCCCGCUGUGCCCAAACUGAGCAUGGCCAAGUGUCGGCGAAACGUGGAGAAUUUCCUGGACGCCUGCAGACGGAUCGGAGUCCCAGAGUCAUCCCUCUGCUCCCCAUACGACCUCCUCCAGUCCCGCCUCUCUCCGGUUUGCGUCUGCGUUCGCGCACUCCUCGACUUGGAAGUGACGGUGCCCGCUUCAUGCUGCGCUUCCUGCCUUAGUCCCGCCCCUUCUGUUGUCUCUGUGACAACGCAGACCCCGCCCAUGCCCUGGCAUGUCUGGGAUCUGAUUGGUCCCAGUCUGGUUCAUGUGCUCUGCAUCCUGUUUCUGUUCCUGGCCUACACCUGGAGCGAGCUCACGUAG